AGUCGCAGGGCCCGUGUGUAGGCGUGUGGAUAGCUCAGAGUACUCGGUGUGUAAACCCGGUUGAUUUGUGAAACAUAUGGUGAUAUCUCGCCAUGGAGGCAAAUAAACAUAGUGUUGACACUGAUCAAGAUGUGGAUGAGCGAAGCAGGUUGCCGCAAAGGGCGUGGCAAGACAAGAAAGCAGGGCGUGAUGAGAUAAGGCCCGAGACGAUCAGCGACAGCGUAUUCGAGGAUGGUAGAGAAAAACGGCAGCAAAAUGAGGACGUUACAAGCAGUGGGGUUUCUUGUCCGGUUACGGGGAAGGAGGACAGAGGCUCAUUAAUUGAUGGCCUGAAUGGAAAUGUACACAGCAAAGAUGCCAGUGAGAACUUAAAGAAUACCCUGGAAUCAGUUGACGUGCACUCCAACACCCUUGUCAAUAACAGCGAUGGUGCUUCAACCACAAAACAUCGACGUGAGCUUCCCACUUGGCCAAGAGAGACCAGAGCCUCACAGCUUCGUUGCAAGUCGCACUCGGUCACCGAGAUGAACUCCCCUCACAAGUCGAAUGUCAGACGGCAGAACAGCCUCAAGAGCGAAAAACCCACAAGCCCCGUGUCCUGGCCAGGGAAAGGGACAUCGCUGCCCAAUGCCCUGCUGCCCAAUGCCCUGCGCUCUCAGAGUACGAGCAGCGACGACAGUUCCGAGAGAGACAGGAUGGAGGCACACCCGGCCCCCAAUGCCGGAGAGACCUUGAAGUCAGCUCUGCCAUCAGCAAGCCGCGUGAAGAUGCGCGACAGUGAUUCCUUGCCCACAAAUCAAAAUAGGGGGAAAGGUUCCAGCCAUGACUGUUUUUCGAUUUACACGCCGUCAGAGAAGUAUCUAACACCACUCCAGCAAAAGGAAAGACUCAACAAGGAUCUGAGCAUGCAGAUAUCUAAACUGGAGCAGACGGUGUCAUGCAAAGAAGACAGAAUAAGGCAGUUUGAGGAGGAAAAGCAACAUGCUUUAGAAGAACUAGGAAAAGCGAAAGAUACAGAGAUGGGAAAACUCCUCAUUGAAAUGAAGAAUCUACAGAUGCAUCUGCAAGAGAGCAAAAAAUCACUACUCGAAGUGUCGGAAGCACUGAAUGAUCAGCAGAAGAUGUCCACUUCGUUGAAGGAGCAGAUUGAAGCGAUGCAGCGAGAGUCUGAAGAGAGAGAAGUGCUGCAUCAGAAACGAUACCUGGAGAUGUACCAGAAGGGGCGAGAGGCACAGCUGAUCGACCAAGAGGAAGAUCUUGUCUGCAUGGCCAUCGCCAAAGCCCCGAACGGAGAUGGACAGACCCGCCACCUCGUCAAGAAAUUGGAAAAAACUGAGCAGGAGUUGGAGAAACUACGACAAACAUUUCGGGAGGAUGUCUACCACAAGACGCCUCAGUUAGAUACAGAUUCAGCAGCACAGGUUGAGAUUUUGAAGAGUGCGGUGUACUACUACUUAUCUGACAUCCAGCCCGAGGUUAACCUCAAUGUCAUGUUGUCGAUGCUUAACUACAGUGAUGUUCAAAAGAGAAACAUCAUUAGUCACUUGAAGAAGAAACUAAAAUAAGUCACUUGCUUCGGAUUUAAGUGAAGGGAAUUUCAAAAUUUUACCACUGUACUGAUUAAGAGCUAGUUACACAGACUUAAAAAUCUACAAGUAGGAUAGGCCUACAUCAAAAUAGAAAUAAAGUGGUUUUGACGUGAAGAUGCCAUAAAGCAUUCCACUGAACACGCUGUAAACUUGUAGUGAGUACGGAUUCAUACUAGAACAUUAACACGGAAUAUUGAGAGGUAACACAGGUAAGCUAUAGGUCGAAUUUAAACUCCCUCAAUAUACCGUGUUAAAUGGUUCUAAAUUUCUCACCGGACCGUGCACGUUUUUCUUUAUACAAAGGCCAGUAGUUAUUUUAUGUGCUCAGUUUGGCUUCAAGUACAUGUACUUACGUUUCGCUCCUUUUGGGGAACUUCGGUUUUGUGAAACCUCCAAGUAGCUUAAGCAUACGUCUAUAUAAUUAAUAAACAAACAGUCCAUUAAUACUUUCUGCAAAAUUGAAAAUGCAGACAAAGGCCAGAGUACUUGUAGUUUCCAUAUAGUGCUAGGAUUAGGGUGAAUGAAGUCUCUACCAUUUCGUCAUGCAGGUUUUGCUACUAUGUUCAUAGUUUGACACACGUUCGGGUAAACGCACGCUCACAUUAUAAUGGAUGUAAAACAAGCCGUGAACUUUGGAACAUACCAUGGCCAGUGGCAUCCAUCAGACCUCAGCAGGUGCAUAUAGUACUGUUUUCACCUUUGAUUCAGUGGCUAACAGUGCGUUCAAAUCUAUAUUCUGUGACUGAAAGCAGUAAAAACAUUCCGUGAGCUGCACUCAUCAAGCCGUUCGACUUGUAAAACGGACAGACUAGUCUAAGAUUAGUGAGCUGUGUAUUCCUUUCUGUAGACAUUUUGUGUUUGCUUUUGUCACAGAUUGCUACGAAGGUAAAGUAAUUUCAAGGGCGGAAGAAAAACCUUUUAUGAUGACUUUUUAACAAUUUUAUCUAGGUGCUUAGAUGUAGGGUUUGAAUAGCGCCCGAAAACGGCUCUGUGAAUUUAUUCACCAAUCAGUCAUGACCGUGCAUAUAUAUAUAUCCUAUACCCCAUCUUGAGAGUUUCACCUCCUUAGCUUCACAGACGGAAAGGUAGGUCGACGCUUGUUGAAAAUAAUACCAGAUUAAAAUUAAAGCUUAAUCACCAUAAAGCACGAUAAAUUUCAGAAGUUUGUUUCUAUUACCGGUAUCUUAAACGUUUGGACGUUCUACGGUGCUUUUCAUGCGCGUACAAUGCCGUAUCAAAUAUUUAGGAACAAACGUGGGCGUGGAAGAUAUCAGAGAGGGGGCAUCAAGCGCAUUUCGAGGGAAACCCCAAAAAUACCGUACGAGCCAGUCGUGUACAUUCCACCAUUUAGAGGGAACGUAUCUGUCAUUUAAAUUAUCGAGUACAGUCAACUGAAAAAAGGGGGACAAGUAACCCUUUACUGAUUCCACUGGGUCCACUAUACUGAUUAACAAGGACUGAAGGAAUGAGAGAAUGAAGGACAUGAUGGAUUGCGUAUCCGUAUCGUGUUGAUUCUUUUUUUCAAUCUUUUACCCCACUUUUACUAAUUAUUACACUCUGAUCCAUUGUAUGGCAAAUUUUCAAGUGAAGAACUGAAUAGGCUUACAGGUGUUUAGUAAUGGAAUUGGGGUUCGUUAUAUUCUAUAUAGCAUACAUUUAGACGGAAAAAGUCAUUUUAAUUUCAACUGUAUUGCAUUGAAAUUAUAAUUGGUUCAUGCAAAGACGAUUUUAUGCACAGCUGUCGCGCGUGCAUUAUUGAUCAUGAAUAUUACUUCAUUGUAAAACUAGAAAAGAGAAGCAAACUACAUCAUCUAGCUGAGAAAGUACGUAUUUUGCUGCACUGGAAGAGGUUAAAUUUUAGAUUUUUAAGAAACGUCUUCCUUCAACAGUAAUCAGCUUAAUUUAUCGUGCUUCAUUUUUGUGUAGAACAAUCACCACAGUUCAGACCGAGUAUGAAGACUCCAUGCUUGCAGCUGUUACAUGCGAAUGUGUAAUAGGCCUAUACCUUUUCCAUUAAUACGUUGUUACUAUAAAACCCCCACAAUUAAUAAGGCCACGCAGUGAGUAGCUUUUACCUAGUGCCCGACACCCGACUAAAUCCCCGUCAUCAGAUCUAUGGAUUGUCGACCACGUGACAUGAAUUAUUUGUCUCAACCUGGCGCACUGUGGCGCAAUUCGCCCGCAAAAAUAACGUCGGUGCUCAGUUGCAUUAAUAUUAUUCUGCAAGUAGCUUACAGAAGCAUCGAAAAUAUGCUUUUACUGUCUUGAAACCAAGACUAAUUCGUCCUUCUGAUUGCGUGAGUUGAGCCCAGAAAUAUUGUUUGGGGUUCCCUCGCACUUCUUAAUUAAUCUAAUUAACUGUGAGCCCCCAUUCUCUUUACGCCGGACGUACGUAUCAAGUUAAGGGCGUAUAAGCACUGAUUUAAAGGAAGGUUACAGCAUUGAUUUUUUGUCGUAAUUUCACAAGAUUGGCUGAUUAAAAAUAAGGAAUAUCAUAUUAA